AUGCCAUCUACCUACUUGGCUGAACAAAGCAGUGGUGCCUUAUUAGGCGUGCAAGAACAACGACGGCCACAGUAUCAAGAAGAAUCUCAGCAACAACUUCCAACUUUACCGCAGUAUCAGCAUGAAUCUACACAACACCAGGUGCAGAUGCAGUCCCAGUAUCAGCAAAGUGAGUUUCAACAACAAAUGCGGCUUGAGCCUCAGUAUCGGCAGAAUGACCUUCGACAACAGGUACAAACUCAACCUCAAUACCAGCAAGACCUUCAAACAAAAAUUCUACCUCAGUAUCUGCAAGUAUCACAACAACAACAACUAGAGGUUGAAUCUCAAUAUCUACAGAAACCACCAUUAGAAGAGGCACAGGCUCAACUUCAACUUCCAGAAGUUCAGCAAGAACAGCUAAAAGUUGUACCACAGUAUCAAACACCAGCACAAAUACAGCCAAUGUACAAUCCGCUAGUUCAGUCUUCAGCACAGUUGGUCCAGAUGUCACAGUCUCGACAACCGCAACAACAGAAAAUAAUUGGAAUUUGUAUUUUCAUUUGCAUGCCUGUCUGUGACCCACAAUGUGUACAAACAGCAACAUCGCGUUCGUACUUCGAGCCUACACCUGUAUACACCCCACCGCCAGCAAUUUAUUCACCAUCUUUUACCACCCCAGAAGCAGUAACAGAGAAUCGAUCAUCAGAUAUGAUUCAGAGGCCAAAGAUGAUUAUAUGUAUUGCACUAUGUAUGCCAGCUUGUAACCCGAACUGCAUUCGAGAAAAUACAGUAAGACCGCAGUUUGAACAAGUCAGCUUGCCUAGUUUUCCACUUGUAACUUUUCCACCGCCUACCGUUUCCUAUCAGUCAUCUUCUGUUGCUGAAGCACCUUCGACAGCUCUGCAGCAACAGCAAACGAAGAAUUUUAAAAAAGUUUGUAUAUUACUGUGUAUGCCCGUCUGCUCUCCGUCUUGUAUAAAUCAAAUAUCACAACAGCAACCAAUAAUAAUGCAAUCGCAGCCCAUAACUAACAGGCAACAAAUCAAAUAUCAAGAUGUGUUGAUAAACCCUUUUCAAAACUUGCAGUCACAACAGCUACAGCCACAGUUACAGCAGGUACAGCAGGAGCCAGUUGCAGUAAUGCAGCGAGUACAGCCAGUACAACAAGAGCCAACUGCUGUGAUGCAGCAAGUACAGCCGUUUCAACAAGAAUCAACUGCAGUAUUGCAACAGGUAGAGGCUUCACAACAGGAGCCGAAUGCAGUAAUGCAACAGAUGCAGUACGAAGAAACUCAACCGACAUAUCUUCAAUACCCGUUGCAUUUUGGACCACAACGUCAGUUUGAACCUGCAGCGGUUGUUCAACAAGAACAGUUUCAACUGCAGUCUACAGAAACUGCAAACCAGACGCAGAUUAGACCAAUCGAGCAAGUUCAAGAACUUGAAGCAAUUCUAGCUGCUCAGCAGCAGCUGGAAUUUCAGCCUCAGUAUGAAAAGCCUAUUGCAGCAAAGCAGCAACAAUCAAGUGAUGUUUUUCCAAGCUUCGAUAUCAACCAAAAUAGCCGAUGCUCAUGUAUAGGUCCGAUUCGUAUUUGUACCAGUGGAAAUGUUAAUUUCAAGUGUUGCCGUCGCCGUUGCCGUCAUUAA